AUGUUUUGGAGGUCCCUGUACAUCGCUUUUUUAUUUCUAGAAUCUGCAUCAGAGCUACGCGCGUACAUCCAUCAAAUUAAAUUGUACUUUCAUUUUAUAUUGGCUCAUGAAUUUGCUGCCGUUGGAAUUUUGACUCCGGCCAAAUUGGAUGAUGAGUGCGUUCGUUUAUCAUUCGAUGAAAUGCGUCAAGAAGGUUUUGCUGAUGAUGGACUUUUUGAUCAAAUGAAAUUGUUCUUUCUUCCACUAACUAUGAUCGAAGAAGAUUUGUCUAUCGACGAGUCACAAUUGCUUUCAAUAUCAAGACUUCAAUCUCCAGAUCGAGGUCGAUUAUUGGCAGAACAAGAAAAGUUGCACAGAGAAUUGGUUGAAAACGUAGAUCAAUACUAUCGUCAUGAUGAUUCGAUUACAAAAUUCAAUCGAGAGAUGAAUUUUCAAAGACAAUUGUCAAGUGGAUCGCACCGUGUAGAAGGCCACGGACGCUCUUCCGUACGAGAACUAUUGGACGUACAUGAAAACGCAAUGAAACAACUCGUGAUCGACCGACACGAUCUGCAAGCUCGAAUUGAGGCGAUUAAAAUUCUUCUCGAUAGGAUCGACCAGGGCUGGAAAGAGCGAUACAUCCAUGAUAACAAGGGAUUAGAUCGAGAUCUGAUCAAACCGAACAGAGGUUUUAUCAUGUACGGACCACCAGGUAUGUUUUCUUGGAGAAAAAUUCUAUUCUAUUUUAACUUCGAUUGUUAAUGCAAAUGAGCGAAGUGAAACGCAUUUUCAUUUGUUAAUCAAAAACUUUUAGUGUAAUCUCUGCAGAGCUCUAGUCACAUGGAUCAUUGUGACAUUCGCACAGUGGGCAAUUUCUAUAGAGCAUGUGGACAUGACUUAUUCUCUGUCAAAAUCGCAUUUUUUUUCAUAGAAAUAUGAGUUUCUACUACUCAGAAAAAAAUGAUAGCCAGAAAAAAAGUGAAUUUAAAAAAAAUAUUUUUGAUCAAAAAUCCCUGAGGGGAACCCUUGCCCUAAAUUUUGGUCAAAAAACUUUUUAUUUGAGAACCUGACAAAUUAUACAUCAUUCGAUGCAGUUUCGUGCGCUGAUUCCAAAUAUCGCAUUACUUUCUAAUAAAAAUGUUUCUGAAUCGAGAAAAAUAGCGUUUAUCUAAAAAACCAAGGAAUUUUGGGGUUUUUUGAGAAACCUAUAACUCAGCUCAGAAUCAUUUGGGCUAUUUUGGGCUAGCAGUAUAGUUGUAUUGUGAGUAGAAGAAUAUUCCGUAAAGUUUCGUCGUAUUUCGAUGAUGGCUAACGAUGGCGCGCUUAUUUUAAUGCACAAUAGCCAUUUAGGGAACACAUCGCGUGGAAAGAAAAAAUUCUUUUUCAGACACUUAAGUCCGCAAACAAUGCAUUUUCUUCGGAAUCGAUAGCUAAAAGGUUAUAGACUCCGAAUACAUACUUUUAAAUAAAUUUGAAUCUGCCAAAUCUAAGAAAAAUAUUGUUUUUCCAUAAAGGUCGUAGAGGUCGCUAAUAUACGACCUAUUUUUUUAUUUCUGCAUUUUUUUUUGAAAGAAGGGGGGCGUCGAAGACCACGUUUUGGGCCACUUUUUUGAUUUCUCCAGACUAGUUAGCCAUAUGUAUGAUUCAAUGCAGAUUUUUCGCUGAUUCUUUUGCACUAAUUGAAAGUUCAAAAAGAUUGA